AGCAGUAGGGGGCAGUGUAAGGCCUCAAAUAUAGAGUCGCCAGCUAUACUAGCCACCAAAGAGAUAGUAACUCAUAAACAACACAGACGGAAGCAACGGGACUUGGAUUAACACCAUUCUCAUCUGAUACUGCUGCACAAAACAGUUACGCUGGAAUUUUCAGAGACAGACUCGGACAUGUCAUAUGUCUUCAUCAAUGACUCGUCGCAAUCCAGUGUACCAUUACUGCAGGCUUGCAUUGAUGGGGACUUGAGUUUUGCCAGGUGUCUGCUGGAGACCGGCUGCGACCCCAACAUCCGUGACCACCGGGGCCGCACGGGUCUACAUCUGGCUGCAGCGCGUGGGAAUGUGGAUAUCUGCCGCUUCCUGCACAAGUUUGGCGCAGACCUGCUGGCCACAGACUAUCAGGGCAACACUGCGUUGCACCUCUGUGGACAUGUGGACACCAUUCAGUUCCUGGUGUCCAAUGGUCUCAAAAUUGAUAUUUGUAAUCAUAAUGGGUCGACACCACUGGUGCUGGCAAAGAGGAGAGGGGUAAAUAAAGAUGCCAUACGGUUGCUGGAAGGGCUGGAAGAACAGGAGGUCAAGGGCUUCAACAGAGGAACCCACUCCAAACUGGAAGCCAUGCAGAUAGCUGAAAGUGAGAGUGCCAUGGAGAGCCAUUCACUGCUGAAUCCAAACCUGCAGAACAGCGAAGGUGUGCUGUCCAGCUUUCGCUCCACCUGGCAAGAGUUUGUGGAGGACCUGGGCUUCUGGAGGGUCCUGCUUCUGCUGGUGGUCAUCGCUAUUCUCUCUCUGGGCAUUGCUUACUAUGUCAGUGGUGUCCUGCCCUUUUCUGCUAGCCAGUUGGAAUUGGUUCACUGAGGUGGACACAAGAUUCUGUGGUACAGCUCAAGUGUAGUCCCUGGACCAAACGAGUCAAGCUUUGAACUGAAAGGAGGUUUGAGUUGACCAUACACACUGAAGGUUCCUCAUAGUACAAGAUUAGGUCUAAUCUGGAGUUUGGAAAUGAUCUUGUCUUUCUCAUAGGUGAGGUAGAGUGGAGCUGUCCACGUUGUGUGGCUGAGCAAUGAAGAAGAAUUGAAAGGUAUAGGUUCAGGUAUUUAUCGGGUGCAGAAUAUUUGUGAAGUUUCUUAAAUGUACACCAAGUUAUGUAAUCCUGUUUUAAUUUCUCACAGAUCUUCCCAUGUUCACUGAACACCUACAUGGCCAGUUGAUUGACCAGUAGGUGUAUUCAUUUGAAUAUCUCAAUGGUAAUGUAAACCGCAUUAGAUGACAGUGUUAUGUUAUAUUAGAUAGGGCAUGACGGUUUUCAUCCUUGUCUUAUCUUAUUUUCCCUCUUCAAUCACCCACCUGUUUUAUUUUAUUUUUUAUCUGUACUAUACUUAUGCUGGUAUUGAAUUAACACCUGUUUGCAUAUUCAGUAUUCAUAGAUUUUUUUGUUACAUAGAAUAUCUGUUUAAAUGUUCAAUAACAAAACAAUGUGGCCAGCAAGUAUUUCUUGUUUCUGCAGAGAUGUAGAGGAAAGUCAACAGUGACCACUCUGUGAGCAGUUUUAUUUUUAUGUAACUAUUUAAUGUCAAAGAGUUUCUUUCUGUUUAAUAUAAUAAUAAUAAUAUUUUCUCUCAUAUCAGAAAUGCGAAAGCACAUUGGUUGUGUUGCUCUCAGCAACAUUUUCCACAAUAUGAAGACAAAUAUGGCCUAUAUUAUUGCUCAUUGUCUAAAUUGCUAUUUGCCGUUACACAUAUAUGUCCAUAUAGCUUUUGUUCAAGUUUUCAUUUUUGGUAUAAUGCAAAUAAAUAUAUCACACAAAAUUA